AUGAAACUACAGGAGGGUAUUUCAUAUUCAUUAGAGUCAAUACCAGUUGAAUUUUGUAAAUCAUUCACUAAAAGAAACAAAAGAUAUAUAUUAGAUAGACAAAUAGUUAUAAAGGGACCAUUGGGCACAUUGAAAACAGAGAUUCCAAAAUUUAUAAAUAUAACUCAUCCAGAAAAUGAACCAAAUACAAUAUCAGUAAGAGUUGAGAGACCAGAUAAUAAAACUCAAAGAUCAAUGUGGGGUACUAUACGUUCAUUAAUUUCAAAUUCAAUAAUAGGAGCAAGUGAAGGUCACUUAUCAGUAGUGAAAUUCGUAGGUACAGGUUACAGAGCCAUUUUGGAAAAAAACGAUAAAAAUGAAGAUGUUGUAGCAUUAAAAAUUGGAUUUCCAUAUACUCCAAAAUUAGUUGUUCCAAAAGAUUUAAAAGUUUCAAGUCCCAACCCAGCAAGAUUAAUUAUAGAAGGAAUAGAUAAACAAAAAGUAAAAUUAUUUGCUUCAUUAAUCAGAGAACACAAAAAACCUGAACCUUAUAAAGGUAAAGGUAUAUUUGUUGAUGGUGAAACUGUUGUAUUGAAAGAAAGAAAAAUCAAAUAG